GGGCUAGGAGGUGACGCAGGGCGCUGGAAGGCGUGAACGCUGCGUCUCUGUGAGGAACUGAGCCGCUGAAAGUCGAAGCUAAAACCGCAUUCAAGACAACAUGGCAGGAUUGCCCCGCAGAAUCAUCAAGGAAACCCAGCGUCUCUUGGCAGAGCCUGUGCCAGGCAUUAAAGCAGAGCCUGACGAGGGGAACGCUCGCUACUUCCAUGUGGUCAUUGCUGGACCUCAAGAUUCCCCCUUUGAGGGAGGAACUUUUAAACUUGAACUCUUUCUUCCUGAAGAAUACCCCAUGGCAGCUCCGAAAGUACGCUUCAUGACCAAAAUAUAUCACCCUAACGUAGACAAGCUGGGGAGAAUAUGCCUAGAUAUCUUGAAAGAUAAGUGGUCUCCAGCCCUGCAGAUCCGCACAGUGCUGCUGUCAAUCCAGGCAUUACUAAGCGCUCCCAACCCUGAUGAUCCUCUAGCAAAUGAUGUUGCAGAGCAGUGGAAGACCAACGAAGCUCAAGCCAUAGAAACAGCCCGGACAUGGACCAGGCUUUACGCUGGGAACAAUAUUGAAGUCUAGGAAAACAAGAGAGGAAACAAGGAAAAAGAAACAGUGGAAGUCAAGUGUGAACACAGCUCCUCUUCUGCCAAGACAUAUUCAUUUGCAUUUAAAGGACACGGGGAAAAUGUUAUAAUAACUGUCAAAAAUACAUUAAAGAAAAGAAAAAAAUGAAGAAUGGCAAUGCAUUUAAUUUGUAAUUUAAAAGAUAAAACAUCUUUGUCCUAACUCACUACUGUCAAAAAUGCAUGGGCAGAGGAUUUAGAUCUCUUCACAUGGCUUUCUUUUUCCAUUGGUCUGGUAGGCUGUAGGGGGAAAGUGGCUUUCAUUCACUUGUCCUGUCAUACUGAGGGUGGGGGGUGGUGGGUAACUUUUUACAUUUUCUUUUAAUCUGUUUUGUUUGGUUUUUCCUUUCAUGAUGCUGUUGGUUUCUGAGACACAGCUUAUUGAACAACACCCUUUCAUAAAACCGUUCCCCUCAUAAAAGGUCAUGAAGUAAAACAGAAAAAAUUAACAUUGCAUUUAAAAAAAAUAUUCACAUGAUGCAAAAUUUAUGAUUUUGGAAAGAAUUAAACCGAAGUAACAUGGUAUAGCCUUUCUCCAUCACGUUAACUAUUGUGACUGCUAAUCGUGUAGACUCUAACAUAGGCUUUUAUUCUCUAUUUUUUUCCCUGACUGCAGGUGAAAUGUAAGAUGUUACCAUGUUAGUUUAACAAAUCUGUUAUUGUAUUCGGUGUUAGUAUUUUAUUUUUUUCUUUCAUGCCAUUGCUGUACUAAUUGCACUCCCCAGACUUCAUUGAUGUGCUCUUUUUCCUGUGUCUGACACAGUCAAGUGCAUUGAGAUUCAGUUUCAUGUUUUCUGCUCUUCAGCCUUUAUUUUGCAAACAUAGGCUGAGUUGGGACCGGCAGUGUGCGAAUGCUGAGGUGUUUUUGAGGUGGGGUGCGCAGGAGCCUGCUGCAAUCAAUGAAUGCUCUAUCUCCAUUUCCAAUAUCGUCUCAAUUUACUGUAUGUAAAUUCCUUUUUUUCCAAAGGGGAGAAAGAUUACCUGCUUUUUGAAUGACAUGGAAACAGCCCACAUACUUUUGUUCUUUCUGUAAAUAAAAUCUGUUGAUUAAUAAGAA